GAUGUCUAGUACAUGGCUUACUUGUUAAAAAUUACUCUGUAGACUUCUUGAUAAGUUUACUUGUCAUUAUGAAAGUGUAUUGGGAUGAAAUAUACAAAGGAAAUUUAUAGUUUGGUCUUAUUUUAAUUCCUAUAAAUGUCAUGUGACACAAAUUGACCAAUCAAAAUCUUCGAUUUCGUACAGAAGGUAUAUAAGCUUUUCAUUUGACCGAGAUGGUCGUUCAUGAAUGAGAUGAAUGUUAUGAUGCCGUAUUGAAUCAUGUGGAUAGAAUGGACCUGAAGAACCAUCCGACAUUGCAACAGGUUCAGCAGUACACAUCUAUCUGCAGUUCAGGGUACUUCAUGUAAAUUUUUUGCUAGAUGGGUCAACGAAGCAUUAUAAAAUGUCUACAAUGGGAAAAUAAACAACAAUUUCCAUGUCCGCCAUUGUAACGACAGCGACGAGCACGAAUUGCAUUGGAUUGAGGUCGUUCUUUGCUGUAAUAUUUGCGCUGAAUAUGCUAUAUAUCAGUUGAUUAUUAUAUAAGUAACUUUAUCUUUCAUUUUUGGUGCGAAAUGUGCUAAGGAAAAUAAUUUUUAGUGCAUCGCGUCUGUGACCCAAGUCGUCCUAUGCUGCAGUAACACUAUGCCCUGUUGUUUAUAAAAAUACUGGGAAUGGACAUGGAAAUUGUAAUGUUUCUGUAUUUUACUAUUGUAUUGCAAGUUGCUACUGUAUUCUGUUGUUCUGGAAGGUCCAAUAGUAAUCAUCUAAAGGACGCUUCCAUGGAAAAGCGCCAUUAUGUAUAAUUCCGGAAGCACGUGAACAAAAUGGCUUCGGUAGACUAUAUUUUGUUUUCUCAUCUUGCCAUGUUGUGACCGAAUGUGGCGUGGGAUGUGCGGGGAAUUUGGAUUUCCCGCAGGGAAAAGAACGUUCCUUGAUCCAGAUCUACACUGAUGACUGGGAAAACUAUGCAAGCAGAUAUGACAAGAGCUAGCGGUGACUCUGUUCAACAGAGUCCAAUCAGGCAGAAUUCCAGUAAUGAAUAUAAUUUCCCUAGUGAUUCCGAGUCUCUCAAAAUGAAUGACUCGGAUGCUAAUGAUGGUGGUUCUCCUGCACCAUCUUGUCCUUCUGGUGAACAGUCGAAGCCAAAUGAUCACCCAAAGGGACGCAAAACUAACCAGCUUCAGUAUUUGCAGAAAACAGUUCUCAAAGCUGUUUGGAAACAUCAGUAUGCCUGGCCUUUUCACAAACCUGUCGAUAUAAAACUUCUCAAUUUACCGGACUACUAUGACAUAAUUAAGCAGCCAAUGGAUUUGGGAACAAUUAAAGAAAGACUAGAAACAAAUUACUAUUACUCAGCAACUGAAUGCAUUCAGGAUUUCAAUCAGAUGUUUACUAACUGUUACAUAUACAACAAUCCUAAAGAGGACAUUGUGUUAAUGGCUCAGGUUUUGGAAAAACUUUUUCUGCAGAAAGUGGCACAGAUGCCACCAGAGGAAAAUUGUUUAUUUCAGGAAAAAGAGUUGCUGGCAGCUCCGAAGAAAACUCCAAAGGCAAAUAAAGUGGCCACACCUCGCACUCUCAAGUCAGCUGUUUCCACUUCAGAGCAAGCCUCAUCAAGUACCCCUAACUCUUUGACCUCAACUACAGCAUUUGCUCCUAAUUCAUCGGAAGUCAGUGUCCCAUCUCCUGCCAAUGUAUCCACCACUGCUUCAGGAUCAGAACCCGAAUCCAAAACUGCUAUCUCCAGUAGUACAUCCAGCAUAGGGGGAAUCAUGGACCACAAUGUACUUCCUCCAGCUCAACCAACCAAAACUGUGAAAAGGGGUGUAAAACGGAAGGCCGACACCACGACGCCUGUUCUUGUGGCCUCGUCACCAGGUGAUCCAUUGUAUGAGCCUAGUCCCAAAGUGGAAAAGAAAAUUAUCAACACUGUUGUGAGCACGCCUGUGGUGCCUGGUAAGAUCCCAGCCGUACGGAGAGAGAGUAAUAGGAAAAUCAUCAAACCCAAGCGAGACCUGCCAGAAGAACAGAGCCAGCAUGGAGCGAAGAGCAAGAAGGGUAAAAUGUCAGAGCAGCUGAAAUACUGCAACAAUUUAAUCAAAGAAUUAUUUUCCAAGAAACAUCAGACUUACGCUUGGCCAUUUUAUAAACCUGUGGAUGCUGAUGUUCUAGGUCUUCAUGAUUAUCAUGAUAUCAUCAAAAGGCCUAUGGAUUUGGGAACAAUUAAAAGAAAGAUGGAAAACCGUGAAUACAAGUCAGCAGCUCAAUUUGCAGAGGAUAUGAGAUUAAUAUUCACAAACUGCUAUAGAUACAAUCCUGCUGAUAGUGAUGUGGUUGUAAUGGCACGUAAACUUCAGGAUGUGUUUGAAGUGAAAUAUGCCACUAUGCCAGAAGAGACACUUGACGCUGGCAAUGGCUUGGAUGAUAGUGAUAGUGAGGAGUCAGACUUGCCAGAGUCAGAAUCUGAGGAUGAAGAUAGUGAAGAAGAGAGGGAACAAAAAAUCAAGGAAAUUACUGAAACGAUUAAGAAUUUACAAGAGCAGCUAGGAAAGUUGACUGACGAGCAUAUGCAAAAGUUAAAAAUGAAGAAAGAACGUAAAGAGAGUAAAAAGGUGAAGAAAAAGAAGAAGGAGAAGACAAUUGUGAAACCUGUAUUAGGGGAGACAGAGACUCCAUUAACAAUGCCUGUUACUAGUGUUUCUUCAGUUGUGCCGCAACCUGUGGACACUUCAAAACCGGCGAAAACGCCGAAAAACAAAGCAAAUAAAAAAUCUCCCUCAGAACCUAGAAGGAAAAGGACUACUAAUAAGAAUGUGUCUAGUGCAAAGAAAACUAAAAAUUCUAAUUUAAUUGGACAACUGCCUACACAACCUGUUCCCAUGGACAGUGAUGAUGAAGAUAAUGCUAAACCAAUGACUUAUGAUGAAAAGAGGCAAUUAAGUUUGGACAUUAAUAAACUGCCAGGUGACAAGUUGGGUAGAGUUGUGUAUAUUAUACAGUCAAGAGAGCCGUCCUUGCGAGAUUCAAAUCCUGAUGAAAUAGAAAUUGAUUUUGAAACUCUCAAACCCUCAACACUCAGAGAACUGGAAAGUUAUGUGAUGUCCUGUUUAAAGAAGAACAAAAGGAAGCCCUACACAAGGAAAGAUUCUGGGAAAUCAAGGGAAGAAGCUCAGAAAGAAAAGAAACAGGAGCUUAAGAAGCAGUUGGAAGAUGUGAAAGCACAGUUAGGAGGUGGGGCAGCAAGUGCGAAGAAACCUAACAAGAAAGAAGAGAGUGGAACUGUGGAUGUGGUGGGCGGAUCCAGUCGGCUGAGUGGCAGCAGCAGUAGUUCAUCAGGAAGUGACAGCAGCAGUUCUAGUGACUCUAGUAGCUCCUCAGACUCCAGUGAUUCAGAGUCAGGGUCCCCAGACAAGAAGGCCAAAGUAAAGAAAAACCAAAAAUUCAAAUCCCUAGGGAGGGGACACGGAGCAAAGAUGGCCCCAGGAAGCCCUGCCAUGUCUCCACCCAUGAAAAUUCACAUAGGAGGUAGCAACACAGUGAUGGUGUCACCACAGCCACAGUUACAAUCCCCACCACCUCUUGUUCACAAUGCCUCGCACUACUCGGGUCAAUCCAUGAUGCCUACUGCACCACUCACCUCUCAACCUCCACCACUUUUACAUAACACUCAGACCUCUGGGACUGUCCUCCCCAGCAUAAACAGUUUACCAACGCCAGUCAUACAACCCAACACAUCAGCCAUAGAAGCACCAGUUGUGCGUCCAAUGACUCAUUCACUUCCACAACAACCUAGUCGACCUGUUGCCUUGGCAACGGCAAAACCAGUUGCUAAAUCUACCAUUCCAGCUGUGAAUCCCCCUCCCAGCAUAGCUAGUAAACCUAUAGUAAUGCCGGUCUCUUCACCUAUGUCUACAAAUUCCCCCCAGGAACAAAAGUACUACCCUGAUGCCAGACCAAUAUCACCUCCCAUGGGAAUGUCACUGCCAACCAAUCCUGUUGUCAUUGAGCGUCAAAAAGACUCUGGGAUGGCCAAAUUCUUCAUCAGUGAUGAUGAUUCCAGUGAUAGUCCCAAAACUAGUCCAUCAAAAUCUGCACCCCCAGCUCCUCCUGGGGCCACUGUCUCUGCCAGCGGAGUUGGUGUGUCAUUUGGUGUUGGAGGACCAAGUCACAUGGGUCAUCAUCAGAUGAAUGAUGUGAACAAAAGGCCUGAUCCAAGCAAAAGUCAGUCCCAGCAAAUCAAAAAGCAGGAUGGUGUGAAGAUGAAAAAUGCAGCGUCUUGGUCAAGUCUGGCGGCUGGAGGAGGAUCAAGUUCUGUCAAGAAGUCCAACGCCAUGCAGACAUUUGAACUUUAUCGCAAGCAGGCCAAAGAAAAGGAAGAAAGGGAAAAGGCCAUUAAAUUCCAAGAAGAACAAAGAAAGAUGUAUAAAGUAAACAUGGAAAGGGAAAGGCAGAGGGAAGAGAGAGAAAAGUUGAGGGAAAGAGAAGAGGAGGAAGCUCUAGAAAUGGCACGAAGAGCUCAGCAAGAACAAGAACAGCGCAGACAGCAACUAGAAGCGGAGAAGGUGGCAGCUGCAAAGGAGAGGGAGAGGAAGAAGGAGCAAGAAAGACGCAAGCGGGAAGCUGUAUGUAUAGUGAUGAUAUAUUUUAUUCUUGAUGAUUUUAUAACUGUCGGUGCAAUCAGUUUUAUGCCUUUAGAUUGAAGGGCAUUUUGUUUUCUCUUGUCUCUCACUGUCAUUCUGUCUAAAAUUUCAACCUUGCUCAUAGCUUUUGAAUGGUAAGGGAUAGGGAUCUUGUAUUUCUGUUGUGCAUUCCUUGUGACAAGAAUUUUCUUUUGGUACCAAAGUUUAAAAAACUUUCCUGACACUAGGGGUAUAACAAUAGCUCUUCAGGAACAUCCAUACUGAAAAACUUAGUCAACCAGCAAGACCAAGAAAAAUUUAGGUUCUUGAGCACUUGUCAAGUUAUAAAUCCCUGCAUCAUUUCAAAAUUUUAUCAAUUUUUUACAGAAUUUUCUCUCUACUGUCUCCAUUUGUGUUAAAAUUUCAAUUCAUUCUUAAGGAUGUAUGCUACACUAGAGAAAUUUGAUAUGGAUGAAAAGUGGAGGACAUUGAAAUUGAAAACUUUCAAAUUUACUCAAUUUAGUCAAAAAAUGCAGUUUUAGUAGAAAACAAUCUUAAAAAAAAUAAAAACCCUGCUGGACUCUUAACCCGCGAUCUAUAGUUCAGUAGUCGAUGUGUUAACCUACUGAGCUACUCAGCUAGGCAAUGAUUUUUUAAAUGAAUAGGCAAAUAUUGCUGAUAUUUAAAUUUUCAUUCAUGUUUUAAGGUACUCCGUCCCUCAGGUGCAAAAAAAUGAAGAUGUAUUUUUUUACCAUUAUUGUGAAGCUUUUCAUACGGACUUGUUAUUAUGACAAAGAAUUGAUAAUUAUUUACCAUUGUAUCCAGGUGAUCUUAUGAGAUAAUUGAUCAUUACGUAUACAGUAAAUAAUAGAAAACAAAAAGAAUUAUCUCAGUUUCAUCAAAUUGUAUUUCAUAUACUGUAUGUUGACUUGUUUGCUGCCUAAACAAAAUAUCCAUUGGGUGAAAGGAUUACAAAAAUAAAAAUAAAUUGCAUUGUAUCCAGUAAAAUAUAAAAGAUAAUGACUGAAAUCAAUAGGACAUCAAUUUUCAGAAUGUAGUGUUAUCUCUCUUCCAUGAAUUUGAACACAGCAGUAAUGAUAGAUGUGCGCUUUGUAAUCCUGGGCUUGCCCUGAAAAUUCUCUGUAAAUAAGCUGUGUAUCCCAUCAUAGCCUCUUCUCUGAUGUGCUAUCUGCAGAUGUUUGAAACCUAGUCCUGAAAAAGAUAUCUUUUUACACAUGCUUUCAGAAAUAAUGUGAUUUUCAACUAAUGGCAUAAGAGUAUGUAGAUUUUUUUUUGGAAGUUUCCAUCUGCUUUAUGAUAUCAAUGAUGUACUUCGUAGUAAAACUAUACUGAAGAUAAAAUAAGUCAAUAUUGUGAUGCUCAACAACUUUCUGGAGAUAUCUACAGUCUUCAACUGCAUCAUGUGCACUAAAAGUACACCCAAGAAUAUCCUUUACCAAAGUCUCCAAAGAAAAGUUCAGAUGGGAUCCUGAUGCAUGUUCGUUCAGCAUUGGCAAGGUGUCACAAAACCCACAAAUAAUCUUUCCAUAUUCGUCUUUCCCACUAUUCAGAACAGAUCUACUAAAAAUAAGGCUGUCAAACUUCCUUCCAUUAUGAGCAAACAACACUGGAUCAUUGAUACCAGAAUUCUUCAGCCAAUCAAAGAAUGAUACCAAGCACUUCUCUAGAGAAACAGCUAGUAAAGGAAUGCCAUUCUUGUACAGCAAUGUACCAUCAAAAGUUAGUCCUGUGAUCUUUGAUGCCACUGGAUUGAUGUUGUUUGUUGGAAAAACAUACUGAUUGAAUUCAGUUUCUCCACACCUUGCUGCCAGUUGAAUGAUGUCAGCUGAUAAUCCUGAAAAAGUAUGUUUACCAGUUGGAAUGAUCGUCAGUUCAUCGCACUUCCUGCAUCUCGCAUACAGUAAGCUGGCUAGUCCAUAACGUCUCUCUUUCUCAGUCAACAAGAUCCAAAGGCGUAUGACACAGAAAGCACCCUCUUUGCAAAUGAUCCACCAGUAUUGAAAAUUCAACAACUCUUCUGCCUUGGAACAGGUCAAAUGUCUCUUUAUUUUCAUCAUAUUCAUCUACCUGUGCUAGUGGAUCUUCGCUGUAGACAUCGAUGAAGUCAGGGUGGUUGUUAUUUGCAUCGAUACAUGUGCUAAUGGUUGUAGUAGCAGUAGACGAGGCUUUCUUGAACCGACCUUUCUUAUCUCUUUCUCGUAUACAAUUCCCCUCCAUUUCCGUUUGUUUACAUCUGUGAAUUCUUAUUCUUUUUUCAAAGAAGAGUUCCAAAAAAUAUAAAUGCCGGAAUUUAUGAUAUGAAUAAACUUUUUCCGGAUUUUACGCGAGUUACCAAACAUUGCUGAGGAUUGGAGUCCCUUAAAAGGAAGUCAGCCAUUAUGACGAUGUAAAGUACCUCCUUAAAAUGGAUGAUGUACCACCGUUCAUUGAUAUGAACUAAAGGUGGAGGAUCUAUUCUCCAAAUGAGGGGCAGAGUUUUCGUUUUUGCAGCAAGUCUAGUCCUCAGUAUUUGUAGCUUUUAUGUGAUUCAAACUUUACAUGUAAUGGAUAAUAUACAUGUAUCUUUGGAUGCACACAACUUUAAGGACUGAGAUGCUGUACUCUACCCUUACCUGUAAUUUCUGGACUUGUGAACAGGUUGUUGGGGGGGGGGGGGGGGGGGGGGGGGGGGGAGUCUUAGUGUGAACUAUGCAAACUCAGUUUUGUCAAAGAUUGAACAUUUGAUCUUGCCCCUAAAAUAAUUUUUCAGAUUAAGUAAUAAGAUCAAUAGAUAUUCUACUUGGAAAAAACAUUUAUUUUCAACACAUGGCAAUUGGAUGCUUUGAUGUCUUUUACUGUUAUAUAUACCCACAUUUUCUUAAGAAAUUCGGAAGUAACCAUCUCUGGAUACUGUUGAUUGAAUUAACAACUGCAAGUUGCGAGUUCUAUCAAAAACUAAAUUCCCCAAACCAUCCCUCUCCUGUAACGCAUUAUUAAAGAAAUUCAGCAUUUCGUUAGCAUUAGACGUGCUUCUAUAACGUCAUAAUAAACCACAGCAAAGUUUGAUUGUUAAUGUUGCAUUACUGGCGUACCUUUGAACCUAUAUCGCUGGUCCACCCCUAACUGCAGGUCCAUGAUUGCGAUUACCCGCGGUACGAACGACACUCACUUCGUCAAAAAAAAUAAUAAAUAAAUAACUGACUCGCCCUAAAUUGCAAUAAAAUCAGUAGCAAAGAAGUUUUCAACACUUUGUUCGUGUUCAGACGAAAUAUGCUUCUCUUGGAUUUUGUUGUUGUUGCAGUUUCUUGAAAGUCAUUUCCCAAAUCUACAAAUUACAGACACCGAUGGUACAUUGUCAGGGGUACAAAUAUUUCGUCUUAAUAAAUUUUAUCUGAUUUCUCUAUUAUAUCCACUUGACUUCUUUUUAAUUUCAUACUCGAUAAACAGAAGCACAUCCGGUGUGAGCUUCAUUGGCGACACUUUCGGUGCAACAGUUCCCAUGAUUGACAAUUUUAUAACAUGUGGCCUUUAAGACGCCUAAUUUCUUACUGAUUUUGCCAUAAAAUAAACCCUCAGCAUGUAAUUUUAGAAUCAACGUCAUUGUUUUAGUUGGUAUUGGUUUUCCCUUUUUGCAGAGCCUCUUUCAUCGUGCUAAAAGAUUAUGUAAUUACAUGCUAGUGUAAAGACACAUGUGCCUGGCCUACAUGUAUAUUAAUUACACAAGAUCUUAUUUUUCAGAUGGCUCACAAAAUAGACAUGAAUGCUCAGAGUGAAAUGAUGGCUGCUUUUGAAGAGACUAUGUAAUGAAGAACAAAGUAGGGGACCCAUGGAUUCAAACAUCAGAAUAUUUUUAAGUCAUUUACUUUAGAUAUUUUCAUAAGUAUUUUUCAUCUCCUAAAUCCUGUUGUGCAAUGACAAGCUGUAAAGCCAGUUCUUUUCCAUAAGAAGCCAAUAUAUUGUGGUUGUAGUCAAUUCAAUGCAAAAGUUGUAUAUUUUUGCAUGCUAGAAACUAAUAGACAAAAAAGAUUCUUGAACCCCAGUAUUGGUUGUAAAUAUCUCCCAAAUGUUACCAAUCCUGUGCUGGUUCAUAGAUGCAUGUAUUUGAAUGUUUUAGAUAUUACUAGAUUAUUUAUUUCACAUCAAAUGAUGUGGUACAUUAAUGUAUCCUUGUACAGAUAAAAAGUGUUGUUCAACAACAUUCGGUGGCUUAUUUGCAGCAUUUCUACUUUAUUCAUUGAUAUUUUACACAUCAUCACACACCAAGUUUUGUAUAUUUUCUCUAGUAUGCAUAAUAAAUCAUCAGAACAUUUUCUCUCAUUAUUCCACAGCAAUUGCUGCAAGUGCAUCUAGAAAAUCCCAAGUACUGUAAACAUGUGUAAACAAAGUGUUUGUGUGCAAUGUACACAAUAUCAAAAUACCAACUUAAAUUCAACCUACUUUUGAAGUGAGAGGGUGCUAUGUAUUAAUAUGUUAGUUUAGCAAGUUUUUGUGUUCAAAAAUAGAAAGUAUAUAUAUAUUUUAAGUGGAGAAGUGCAUGUGUGAGCCAAUUGUUUAUGGUACAGAAACGUACAAUAUAUUUAAAAAGCUGCUACAUUGUAAAUACUAUGUUUUAAUAAACUUGCCUAUUAUUAUAUCUUGUUUGAUUUUUUUAUGAUAGCAUUUUGACUAUUAAAUUAUAAAUCUUGGGGUUAAAAUCAAUAUUGUAUUAGUAAACUUGUUUUUUCACAUGAAAGUCAUUACUUUGAUAAGGAAUUUGGGGCGGGAAAAAAUUUAUGCAUUUUUCUAUUGUCCAAGAUGAUGUGUAUGCCAAAAAUGUUACUAUUGGAGAUCUUUUGUUGAAAGUAAUUUAUUUAGUAGUUGUACAUGUUGGAAAUGAGAGUGAUGCAGUAGAUCAUAUGGCCUCUGUACAUAUCAUUGUAUCAUCAGUGAUCUUGUGCUUAAAUAUUUUUCAUUCUGUACUUAGAUGUUUUUUUAUAAGAUCCUACUUUGUGCUGUUUAUGUGGUGACAACUACAUUAGCUUUUUGUAGUCAAACAGAUGUUGUGAAUUACCUAGUGUGUUAAUCUCUGGUAAAGAGACUAUGGACCGGAGAUCUCGCAAUUAAUCCAUUCCUAGUUAUCUACCUAUUCACAUGUAUACCAUUCUCUAAAUAAACAAAUUCCUAUUUCUGGAGGCUGGUCAUGUGACAGGGAUAUUAACAACAGAUGUACUCUCAGGCAUUAUCUGCUAGAUAAUGUAUUUGGAGUUUUCACAUUAGUAGUGGACCUUCCAGAAGUAAGUCGAUAAUAAAACAAUCAAUUGAACAUUCUUUCAUCAAUUCCUUGCUUAUUAUGUAAAUGACUAUCAGUUUUGUUAUGUGGUACAUGUAUGUACAACCAAAUAAAGAUGGCAACAUAA